ACGAAAUUAAAUUAUCUUAUGAACAAAGUUAUUUUGUGCCAAACUCGGGACCACAAAUGGGGGCUCAACCGGGAUCACUACUUUCAAUUUUUCCUCGGGAUAUAUGUGUACAUUGUUCACUAAAACUGGUAAAAUCAAAGAAAUUCCGAGGAAAUAAGUAAAGCACGACAACGAGGCGUCAACAAAUAAGUAAAGCACGACAACGAGGCGUCAACAAAUAAGCAAAGCGCGAAACACGACAACGAGGCGUCAACAAAUAAGCAAAGCGCGAAACACGACAACGAGGCGUCAACAAAUAAGCAGCAGUUUUUGGGAGUCCAAAACGUAUUAUAACAGACAGAGGAUCAGCCUUCACCUCGAAUUCGUUUGAGAAUUAUUGCAUCCGCGAGGGUAUUCAGCAUUUGAUGAUUGCUACUGGUGUCCCGCGCGGGAAUGGUCAAGUCGAGCGAAUAAAUAAAACUGUCAGUGGUUUGCUCACUAAACUAUGUAUAAAUAGUAGUGCAAAUUGGUAUAAAUUCGUCGGGCGCGUCCAACAAUUUAUUAAUAACAUUCCGCCGAAAAGCACUAAGCAUGCACCGUUUAAAAUAUUAACAGGGUUCGAUAUGCGCACCCAAGAUAGUUUAGGAUUAAGAGAGUGGGUAGAUGACGAAUACAGGUUAGAAUUAGAUCGGCAACGAGAUGAAAUACGAAACGAAGCGAAGAUAAACAUAUCGAAGCUACAGGAAGCGAACAGAAGGGGGUUCGACAGAGGAAGAGUCAGAGAACAAGAAUAUAAAAUAGGGGAGUUGGUCGCCAUUAAGCGAACUCAACUGGGUACAGGGAUGAAGCUAAGACCGAAAUUUCUGGGACCGUACAGAAUAGUGGAAAAGUUGGGGAAGGGUCGUUAUAAAGUAGAGAAAGU